AAUGCAAUAAACUUCGCUUAAAUCAUGAUAUUUGAUCUUUGAGACGACUAUGCAAAGUAGUUGCGAAAAUGUCUGCUCAGCUCCUGGUUGCAGAUUUGAAUAGUCUUAUAUCUGACAGCAAACGAAAGCUGCCGGACUUGCGCCAGGCUGCCGAAAAGUCACUUUCUGAUUUAAAGGCUCUGCCAACAACGUCGGAUAGUCAAUUAGCUGCUGACCUCUCUCGACGCCCCCAUUUCAUUGAGCCGUUCUUAGCAGCAUGCAGGUCCAAGAACUCCAAAUUCGCUGCUACAGGCGUGAGCUCUCUGCAACGGCUGGCUGUUCUGAGUGCCCUGCCCAAGACUCGUUUAAGGGAAGUGCUUGAUGCUAUCCAAGACUGCAGUAAUCUGGCGCAAGAUGUUCAAUUGAAGAUCUUGCAAAUUUUGCCCACUAUACUGCAGAACUAUGCUGAAGACGUACGAGGCGAAUUGCUUUUUAGUCUGCUUCAAACAUGUUCUACUUUGCAGAGUUCAAAGACCACAGCCGUAAGUAGCACGGCUGCGGCAACUUUCCAGCAAGUUCUUUCCGCACUCUUCGAAGAGCUCCAACGAGAAGACCUGAAAUUAGUGGAGACACCCAUUUCAGCAGAAGCUCCAGGCUUGGAAGGCGUAGCACAGCUUCGUCCCGUGGCGCAUGACGCCGUGCGCGUACUACAGGAUUUGUGUUUACUUGCGGAAGGCGGCAAACCUACCACCAUUCGGUUGUCUCCAUUACCAGAGACCAGCAGCCUCGAACUCGUUGAGUCGAUCUUGGCCAACUAUUCUGAAGUGGUGUCUGCCCAUACAGAAUUGGCCUAUGUGCUGAAGUCCGUCUUGCUUCCUUAUCUUAUCAAUGCUUUCCAGGAGAAACGCCCUUUCGCCGUCACUGUAAGGAUUAGUCGUCUGUUAUACAUGGUUGUGAGAAACCAUAAUCACUUGUUUCCUGAAGAAUGUGGGCGGAUUUUAGAAUGCUUCAAUCACUUGCUAGACCAGAACGAGGCGCAAGGCAGUUGGAAGCGUGUAAUAUCUCUUGAGAUUUAUCGAGGAAUAUUUACGGAACCAUCAUUGGUGCUGCAUCUAUACUCCAUUUGCGAUGAACAGCCGAAUGGAAAACCCAUUUUUCGAUCUUGUACCGCCAGCUUCGUCCGCUUGGCGUCUGAAAAGCCAGCACUUAUUGGCCUCAGCCAGCAGUCCACAAUUCCAAUAGGAAACUAUUUCCAACGAGAUUCAGCAAAUGACUUAUCAGGCGAUACAUCUGGAACCGGAGCAGACGUUGAAGGCACGGCUGGAGUCAGCAGCUCAGCAGUACCGGGUAUCAGCAAUCAGUGGAGUUCGGUUCGAUCACCAUUCAUAGACCAACUUGAUAAGACUGAUCCUCCUACAAUACCCGAUACAUAUCCCUAUAGCCUCGUGCUUCUCUGUCUCAACAAUCUCUCAGAUAGUCUUGCAAAGUUCGUACUACCGCUGACUGUUCAACACAGCGGGAAAUCAAAAAAACGCAGCAAGCAGAAACCGACCGAUGGCGAAGCCGGAUUCGCAAAGUCGAGAAUCAGUGGCGAAACAGAAAGUCACAGCGUUCAAAGAACACCAUCAUUGAAGAAACGCAACGUCCCUGUAAACCCUUUAGAGGUUGACUCACACUAUGCUCGCAAAGACAUCAAAUCAGCGGCGGCUCUGAUAGAUCAGUGCUGGCCCGCAAUUCUCGCUACUUGCUCCACUUUCUUUUACGCAGCCUUAGAUUCGGACCACUACCGAGCACUUGUUCGCUCUUUUCAGAAAUUUGCACAAGUAGCAGGUCUACUUAGAAUGUCAACGCCGAGGGAUGCUUUUUUGACUACCCUUGGCAAGGCUGCUGUUCCUGCCCACGUUGUAGCGACCCUCUUUACUGCGACAACCGCGACAUCAACACAAAGCCCCAGCCUUCUGAGAUCAGCGACAGGCUUGCUCAAUGUGGAAAAUUUGGUCAACCAAGCAUCAACCCUUUUGCCUGAUCGUGGACGUCGGUCAUCACUCGACGGCAUGGAAAACGCGCUCAGCUCAAGAAAUUUGUUGUGUCUCCGUGCUCUACUUAAUCUUGCUAUCGCUUUAGGACCGACGCUUGAUGGGGCAUGGAGUAUCAUCUUUGAAACUCUUCAACAAGCAGAUAAAAUAAUCUCAACUAUAAACCUUCGGCCAAUGUCACGAGAUGCUCGUUCUAAUCUACAAGGACAGGCGCAGUCUCAAGUUGAUGUUUCGUCAGUUCAAUCCCAAGUCAUCUCAUCUGAAAUAGCGGCAAUCCAAGCUGCUGUCUCGCGGCUGUUCGACAGCACCGCUGAUUUUCCCAAUGAAAAUUUUAUGCACCUCCUCAAAGCCUUGUGUAUCUUCGUGGAUCCACAGCAGGACCCUUCCAGCGAUACAAGAUCACCACCGCCAACUCCGAGCGGUGGGCACAGGCGAGUCUCGAGUUUUGCGGGUGUAUCGACCAGAUUGGAUACUGUGGAAAAAGAUUUUGUUUUCGCUCUUUCGAAAAUAAGAGAGUUGGUCACCGCCAAUAUUGAUAGAUUCAUCAACUAUCCACCUGCAGAGAGUGGCUUGCAGCUUUUUGUUUCAACCAUCAGAACAGUAGCGACACAUUCGGAGAAUCCAAGCACAGCACGUCUGCUAGCUGCGGAGCUCCUAAGCCGUUUAACGCGAGACAUUAUCUCUGUCGUCAAUGAUGAGGAACUGGAACAUCGAGAUGAGAUCCGCUUAAGAGCGCUCUCUGCGUUAUCGAAUGUUUGCGUCGAGCUUGAUGGGCUUGCCGAGACUUCGGGAACUAGGGAUGACACGAGCAACGAAGUCCAUUCAAUCGUAUUGGAAACCCUUCGAGCCAUUGUUGAACAAAUCGGCGAGAAUCUGAUCAGCGGCUGGGACAUUGUUUUUGAGAUCAUUUGCACAGCGUUUACUCAAUCGACUCAAGCUGAGGUGUCUGGUUCGAACAUUUCUGUUCAGAAUACCCCAGAGAUGAAAACAAUAGCCUUAGGAAGAUCAGCAUUCGGUUCUGUUCAACUCAUAUGUUCGGAUUUUUUAAGUUCAGUACCUGAUUCCAGUCUGCUCACUUUGAUUGAUACCAUCCACCGUUUUGCUGCGCAGCACCUAGAUUUGAACAUGUCUUUGACGGCGGCGACUUUGUUCUGGAACAUUUCAGAUCUACUUUACAAUCGCUUGGAUGUUAAAAGCUUGGAUGAAUUUGCGAGGGUGGCUGGUUCCACCAACAGCAGCGCAAUUUCUCGUGCGAGUACAAGCACAUUACCCUCAUUAUGGAUUCAUCUCUUAUCACGCAUCUCCUUAGCUGCUGGAGAUUCACGUGAAGAAGUACGAACGGGAGCGAUUUCCACACUGAUUCGAAUCUUUGACAACCAUGGCGAUGACUUGUCAGCAAACGCCUGGCAGCUUGUACUUCAAUCGAUAUUGCUCCAAGUAGUCGAGAAUGACGCAAGAUCUUUCACUAAGUUUUCCCGGAGUGAGGUUGCCGAAGUAAACGGAAGAGUUGCUACAUCAAAAUUGGUUCUUGAAGGCGUUGCAAAGUUGGUUUCCACCUAUAUAGAUGCCAUUGCGACCUGCCCCAAUUUCUUAGCCAUUUGGACCUCAAUUACCAGCUCUCUUUCUUGUUACCUAUUGCAUGGGCAUUUUGCGGUCGACCAAGCCGUGUUUGACGCUAUCACCACCGUUUUGGCUGCAGUUAACAUGUCUGAGAAAAUAGGAGGCCAAGGUAUUCAACAGGUAACGUGUAUUUGGGCGGGCUACAGUCCGACAGAUGACGCUCCUGGAGACUCAAACCAAGAUGCUUUUCAAUCAUAUGUGCGUUCUCUACGUCACAUAUAUAGACUCAGCGCCCAAACAGUCACUGCUGAAGUAAUUACAGGAAUUGUUGGCAAGCUUCGGCAUAUAAUUCAAACAUCAGGGUCCUCUCUGUAUACCAGUGAUAAGGACUCGAUGACAAAACUGCAGAAAGAAGUCUUGGAUGUAGUUCGUCUACUCCGCACAGACCUUGAUGGCGCACCGUCCUGCAUCAUUUCACUUUACACCAGUUUCAUCGCCUUGCCAUUUAGCGACUACGCUUCUGGCAAGGGUCGACCAACUUUUAUUGCCCUUGCAAAGGCGUCGAUGGACCAUGCUUCGGUUUUUGCAUCAGAGAAUAUUGAAAGAAAAGAACUGUUCAGACGAGAACUACUAAAUUUGCUGAUAGCCCUGGAGACUCCCAUUCGACUCAAGUAUUCUUGGGAUCUACAGGGCAAAAAACCCGUGCUGUGGCAAAAAGCAACAUCCACGGCUCUGAGUAUACUCGAAAUUGUUAUUCCACGACUUGGAACUGCUGGCGUGGGAGAAGAGCAGUUCCAGAAAUAUUGGGAUGUGGCUAUAGCAAUCGGCAAGGGCAUAGUGUCUGCUCGGCUCGAAGAAGUCUCGGAAAAUGCUCUGAUCUUUGAAGACGAGGAGUUUGAUGUGGACGCAUUGCAGAGAUUGACCAAGAUCAUCAUUCCUGCCCUUGGAUCCAACCAAAUUCCAGAUUCCAAACGCCGAAUGUUCGCUCGAGCUUUAUUCAGCAGCUCCAUAAUCCACCCACCCGAAUUCGAUGAAUUUCUAGACCUUGAGAGUGAGCCUCUCAAGGAUCUUUAUCAUGUUCGCUUCGGACGAACAUACAAUCCAGAAGCUACACAGCGACAAACAAUGGCCUAUCGGUGCUUGGGCGAUCUCAUUUCAUUGGUCUCCGCGAAAGACUCCAGCCCUGAGCACAUCAAACUCGCGCAAGCUGCUGCGCCUUACCUUAUUCUUCGCACAGCAAUCCCCCUGCGCCUAUACAUUGCUGAUCAUCCUUUACGCGGUCGCUAUAUGCCUCUUCCCUCAAGUCAAAGGCAGGAGCUACUAUUCAUAUUGAAAAAGGUACGAGAACUGGACAGUGAGCCCAAGGCAAUUCCGGAAACGGAAAGUCUGAAAACACAGAGCAAGCGGCACUUAGUUCGCAUAUAUCCACUAGUAGUGAAGGCGAUAGAAGUUGAAGGGCGACGAGCCAAGCCGGAUGAAGAGUUGCUGGAGGAAUUACGAGCCGUGCUUGAGGCUGUUGGUCAGGAGUUCAUGCUUUAAGCCAGAACUUAGCAAUAUAUUCAUUCGUAUUCAGACACA